GUACGUGCGUCCCCCUUGUCACCUCGCUCACCUGAAGGGGCGUGUCUUAUUCACGCGCGUGUUUGAGGGGCGUGGCCCGUUCGACGCGGGUGUAACCCGUUUGUCAGCUUUCAGGCGCUCAUGUGGUCCACCUGUUCCACGCCGCCGCCGCCCGCCCGCAUUCCUGCUCGGACGCGCGCGCGCGCGCACGCACACACACACGGAAAGACGGACGGACGGACCGACGGACGGAUUCCAGCGCACGCACGCCGAUGGUGGUGCGUCAGGUUCAUUCGUCACAGUGAGACACGACACCCGUGACGACCAAUGGCCGCUAUGUCCAGUAGGCGCAGACUCACCGACGCCCUGACGUUGGAGCGAUCCGAGCGGGGAGCCUUGGUCAUUGCCAACAUCGACGACGACGUGGAUGGAGCUAAUCAAAAGCUGAGGGAAGGGGACGAAGUGGUUGGCGCCACCAUCAAGUUCGACCAACUGAGCAAAGAGGAGGUGAUGGGGGUCCUGAAGCUGAUGGAGCCGUACGAUGACAGAAUCCAAGUGCUCACCAGGAACAACAUGAGCAAGAGCACGGGGAACCUGGAUCAGUUGGCCGUCAGUCCUGAAAUGAUGCUGCGCGAUUCUUACAGCAAGCUCUACAACGCCAAAAUCAAGCGCUUCAUGCGGAAGGACUCGCCCGAUGGCGAGAACCCGAGGGACUUUGUGCAGACGCUGCCUCACGCCGCCAGACGCAAGACCAAGCGAGACUCGGACUUGCCUCGCCUGGGGGUGGACUUUGGACGCCUGAGCCCCACCGCGCUCGUCCGGCGUUUCAGCGCCGGCUCGGAGACCGGUCGCGCCGCCUACGCGUCGGGAGCAUUUGCACAGGGGGCCAACCUGAACCUCCCGCCUCUGGGCGUGGGCCAGGUGAAAGCCGGCAGACGGGUUCAGGUGCCGCAGCAGCUGAACAAUGGCGGUCGGGCGCAAGCUGGACUCGUGUCUGGAAUUUAUGACAAUGGAGAUGAUGUGGACGCCGCGAUGGCCCUCAGAGGCACUGACGGGAGGUUCCGAACGUACCGCCUCUCUCACGGCGAUGCGGAAUUUGAUGUGGACGGUUAUGACAUGUCACCGACUAUGCAUCUGGCCGGACCAUCGUCUCGAUUAAAUGCGCCCCGGUUUGAUCUGGAUGGUCGGAGUGCCCGAUCGGGUCUUCGGGGGUCCACGUUAGAUGUGGACGGCCCCUCGGGUGACUUUGACGUCAAAGCUUCUGGGAUCAGAGGGGAUUUCACCGCGCCAAAUCUUCACCUGCAGGGGGUCACUGCGCCAAUCCCAGCGGUUCGCUCCAAAGUGCCCCCCGGAAAGUACAAAGCGCCCAAGUUCUCCAUGCCAAAGUUUGGCUUACCAACUGUUGAGGUUCCAGACUUUGAUGGGGAUCUGCCUGGCAUGGACAUUUCGAGUCCGGAUGUCAGUCUUUCAAAGCCAAACAUCAGAGGUCUGAAUACCACCGACUGGAGUCUGAAAAGUCCAAAGAUAGAAGGCGCCUUUGAUGGUCCUGACUUGGACCUCAAAGGUGCUGGCUUAGAGAUGGAUGCUCCAAAAAUGCCCAAAUUUAGCCGCCCUAACCUCAAAGGACCUGAGCUCGACGGACACUUGGAUGGUCUGGACAUGGACAUCGAUGCACCCAAAUUCAAACUCGGCGGUCCCAGCGCUGAUUUCGGGAUACCUGAUUAUGAUCUUGAUGGCCCUAACCUAGACCUCAGAUCUCCCGACUUGGACAUCAGUGGUGCAGAUCUCCGAGGUGGAGUCGGUGCACCUGAUCUGGAAAUGCCCAGACUCGGUCUCAAGGGCCCCAAACUUGACCUCAAAAGCCCAAAUUUGGACAUGCCAUCAGGUAAACUGAACAUGCCCGAUCUGAAUGGCCCCGACGUGAACCUGAAAGCUCCCAAGUUCAAAGGUGGUCUUGAUGGCCCCGACUGGGACGCAGACCUUAAAGCUCCCAAGUUAGAUUUGAACCUACCAAAUGCCAAAGUAAACUUGCCCAAAACCAAGAUUCCCAAAUUUGGCCGUCCAAGCCUGCAAGGUCCCGCCGUUGAUGCGGACUUGGAUGGUCUGGACAUGGACAUCAAGGCACCCAAAUUAAAACUCAAAGGUCCCAAAGCUGACUUGGGGAUGCCCAUGUAUCAUGUCGUUGGCCCAAACCCAGACCUCAAGUCUCCUGAGCUGGACCUCCACGGUGGGUUAAAUGCACCAGAUCUUAAGAUGCCUAAGCUCGGUCUCAAGUCCCCCACACUGGACUUCAAAGGCCCAAAUUUGGAUCUGCCAGAUAUUCAUGCCCCAGACAUGAAUGUGAAAGCUCCCAAGUUAAAAGGUGGAAUCCAUGGCCCUGACGUGGACUUGCCCAAAGCGGACCUGACAACGCCCAAGUUAGAUAUGAAAACUCCGGACAUUAACAUUGGCUCACCAAAGACCAAAUUUAAGUUUCCAAAACUGAAGAUGCCAAAAUUCAAGCGUCCAAGCCUUAAAGGUCCUGACCUCGAUGCCGACGUUGAUGGUCUGGACAUGGACGCCAAUGCACCCACGUUAAAACUCAAAGGUCCCAAAGCUGACUUGGGGAUGCCAAAAGUUGAUAUUGAUGGAAAGUUCAAAAAGCCAAACUUGAACAUGCCAGAUUUUGAUCUGGAUGGUCCCGACCUAGACCUUAAGACUCCUAACCUGGACCUCAGCGGUCCGAAACUCCACGGUGGAAUAAAUGCACCGGAUCUGAAAAUGCCUACGCUUGAUCUUAAGACCCCCACACUGGACGUCAAAAGCCCAAACUUGGAUUUGCCUGAUCUUCAUGGUCCAGACCUCAACCUGAAAGCUCCAAAGAUAAAAGGUGGCCUGAAUGGCCCAGGCUGGGACUUGCCUAAUGCAGAUAUUAAAGGUGGCAAGUUAGAUCUGAAAACUCCUGACAUCAAUAUGGGUUCACCAAAGGCAAAAUUGAAGAAGCCCAAAUUAAAGAUGCCAAAAUUCAAGCGGCCCAGCCUAAAAGGUCCUGACCUCGAUGCUGACGUCGAUGGUCUGGACAUGGACAUCAACGCACCCGCGUUAAAACUCAAAGGUCCCAACGCUGACUUAGGGAUGCCAAAAGUUGACAUUGAUGGAAAGUUCAAAAAGCCAAACUUGAACAUGCCAGAUUUGGACCUCGAUGGUCCCGACCUAGGCCUUAAGUCUCCUAACCUGGACCUCAGCGGUCCGAAACUCCACGGUGGAAUAAAUGCACCGGAUCUGAAAAUGCCUACGCUUGAUCUUAAGACCCCCACACUGGACGUCAAAAGCCCAAACUUGGAUUUGCCUGAUCUUCAUGGUCCAGACCUCAACCUGAAAGCUCCAAAGAUAAAAGGUGGCCUGAAUGGCCCCGACUGGGACUUGCCUAAUGCAGAUCUUAAAGGUGGAAAAUUAGAUCUGAAAACCCCUGACAUCAAUAUGGGUUCACCAAAGGCAAAAUUGAAGAAGCCCAAAUUAAAGAUGCCUAAAUUCCAUCGUCCGAGCCUAAAAGGUCCUGACCUCGAUGCAGACAUCGAUGGUCUGGACAUGAACGCCAACGCGCCCACGUUAAAACUCAAAGGUCCCAACGCUGACUUAGGGAUGCCAAAAGUUGACAUUGAUGGAAAGUUCAAAAAGCCAAACUUGAACAUGCCAGAUUUGGACCUCGAUGGUCCAAAGAUAGAUGGUCCCAACCUGGAUCUUAACUCCCCCAACCUGGACCUCAGCGGUCCUAAUCUCCGCGGUGGGAUAAACGCCCCCGAUCUGAAAAUGCCAAAAUUUGAUUUCAAAAGUCCCAGACUAGACCUCAAAGGGCCACAUUUGGACUUGCCAGAUCUGGAUGGUCCAGAUUUUAAUCUGAAAGCUCCAAAGAUAAAAGGUGGCUUUGACGGCCCAGAUUUGGAUUUACCCAACGCGGACCUUAAAGCUCCAAAGUUAGAUGUAAAAACUCCAGACAUCAACAUUGGAUCCCCGAAAACUAAAUUUAAGUUUCGCAAGCUGAGGAUACCCAAAUUGAGGCGUCCGAGCCUUAAAGGUCCAGACCUGGAUGUCGAUCUUGAUGCUCCGGAUCUGGACAUCAACGCUCCCACGGUCAACCUCAAAGGUUCUAAACCGAAUUUGGAUCUAGACAUUGGUGGGAAACUCAAGAAGCCAAACUUGAAUAUGCCAAAGCUGGACGUGAAGAGCCCCAAACUCGACCUCAAGGCGCCAAAGAUGGACCUCAGUGCUCCAGACUUGGACGUCAAGACUCCAGACUUAAACCUGAAAGCACCAAAACUCAAAGGCGGACUCGACGUCAACAGUCCCGAUAUCAACAUGGGCUCACCCAAAGCAAAAAUGAAAAUGCCCAGAGUCAAACUUCCCAAAGUCAAUCUGCCAACCCUGAACGGACCAGACAUCGAUGGUCCAGAUUUUGAUAUCGGUGCGCCAGACGUGGAUUUCGGAAGACCGUCGGGCAAAUACAGGAAGCCGCAUUUGAAGGUGCCGGAUGUGGAGUUGUCCGGACCCAACGUCAAAUCCCCCAAAUAUCACGGCAAGCUCAAAGGACCCAACGCCGAAGUAAAUGUCAGAGCGCCAAAAGUCAAAGGAUCUUGGGACACCCCGAAAGCAGGCGUGCCAAACAUGGACCUCAAAGCCCCGACGAUGGACUGGAACACCUCAGACAUAAAAUACAGGAAGCCUCAGAUGAAGGUGUCCGCAGGGUAUGACACGGACCUGAAUGGCGGGGCGCAGGGUCCAGACCUCCGUUUUCCCGACGUGAGAGGUCCAAACUUGAAGCCAACCAUGCCGUAUUUAGACACGGAUGCCAUCGACCUCGACGGACCAGAUGUGAGUGUGUCAGGACCCAACGCCAAGCUCAGAACUCCCGAUCUGGAGGUGGACGGCUCGACGCUCAAAUUCAGGAAGUCAUUGCACGGCGGCUCCGGCGUGCCGCUGCCCGGGCUCGACUUGGACCAGGACUUGACUCAUUCUCGCUUUGAGGGAAGGUCCGUGGCCUCGCUGGACGCCGACUUGGGCCGCUACGUGGAUUUCACACGUUCGGACCUCAACAUUGACGACUUCACCGGGAAGUACCACAUCCCCAGAAGCAGAGGGUCCGACCUGGACCUCCAGCUGCCCUCGACCUCCAGGGAUGUGACUGGUCAGCUGAGGGGCCCCCGACUCAGCGGCACCCCGCUGAACGCGGACGCCAUCUUGUAUCUGAGCCAUGCCGAGAAGGCCGCUCACACUUUAAACGACGGCCGCUGGUCAUAUUCCCAGAAAAGAGCUCCCGAUACGUCGGACGGAUACUUGGUGACCGUUUUCCCCAGGCAGGGAGAAAGCGAGAAUGAGCCAAAGCAAAAACACGGCACGCUGGGGGGCCUUAACUUUGUCUCCGGCGAUGUCAACCUGGAAGUUCCCGAUCAAGACGAGCUCAAAGGCUCCACGUUCCUGUUCUCCAACCUCUUUCAAGAUCUCCGAGGUGGAGUCGGUGCACCUGAUCUGGAAAUGCCCAGACUCGGUCUCAAGGGCCCCAAACUUGACCUCAAAAGCCCAUAUUUGGACAUGCCAUCAGGUAAACUGAACACGCCCGAUCUGAAUGGCCCCGACCUGAACCUGAAAGCUCCCAAGUUCAAAGGUGGUCUUGAUGGCCCCGACUGGGACGCAGACCUUAAAGCUCCCAAGUUAGAUUUGAACCUACCAAAUGCCAAAGUAAACUUGCCCAAAACCAAGAUUCCCAAAUUUGGCCGUCCAAGCCUGCAAGGUCCCGCCGUUGAUGCGGACUUGGAUGGUCUGGACAUGGACAUCAAGGCACCCAAAUUAAAACUCAAAGGUCCCAAAGCUGACUUGGGGAUGCCCAUGUAUCAUGUCGUUGGCCCAAACCCAGACCUCAAGUCUCCUGAGCUGGACCUCCACGGUGGGUUAAAUGCACCAGAUCUUAAGAUGCCUAAGCUCGGUCUCAAGUCCCCCACACUGGACUUCAAAGGCCCAAAUUUGGAUCUGCCAGAUAUUCAUGCCCCAGACAUGAAUGUGAAAGCUCCCAAGUUAAAAGGUGGAAUCCAUGGCCCUGACGUGGACUUGCCCAAAGCGGACCUGACAACGCCCAAGUUAGAUAUGAAAACUCCGGACAUUAACAUUGGCUCACCAAAGACCAAAUUUAAGUUUCCAAAACUGAAGAUGCCAAAAUUCAAGCGUCCAAGCCUUAAAGGUCCUGACCUCGAUGCCGACGUUGAUGGUCUGGACAUGGACGCCAAUGCACCCACGUUAAAACUCAAAGGUCCCAAAGCUGACUUGGGGAUGCCAAAAGUUGAUAUUGAUGGAAAGUUCAAAAAGCCAAACUUGAACAUGCCAGAUUUUGAUCUGGAUGGUCCCGACCUAGACCUUAAGACUCCUAACCUGGACCUCAGCGGUCCGAAACUCCACGGUGGAAUAAAUGCACCGGAUCUGAAAAUGCCUACGCUUGAUCUUAAGACCCCCACACUGGACGUCAAAAGCCCAAACUUGGAUUUGCCUGAUCUUCAGGGUCCAGACCUCAACCUGAAAGCUCCAAAGAUAAAAGGUGGCCUGAAUGGCCCAGGCUGGGACUUGCCUAAUGCAGAUAUUAAAGGUGGCAAGUUAGAUCUGAAAACUCCUGACAUCAAUAUGGGUUCACCAAAGGCAAAAUUGAAGAAGCCCAAAUUAAAGAUGCCAAAAUUCAAGCGGCCCAGCCUAAAAGGUCCUGACCUCGAUGCUGACGUCGAUGGUCUGGACAUGGACAUCAACGCACCCGCGUUAAAACUCAAAGGUCCCAACGCUGACUUAGGGAUGCCAAAAGUUGACAUUGAUGGAAAGUUCAAAAAGCCAAACUUGAACAUGCCAGAUUUGGACCUCGAUGGUCCCGACCUAGGCCUUAAGUCUCCUAACCUGGACCUCAGCGGUCCGAAACUCCACGGUGGAAUAAAUGCACCGGAUCUGAAAAUGCCUACGCUUGAUCUUAAGACACCCACACUGGACGUCAAAAGCCCAAACUUGGAUUUGCCUGAUCUUCAUGGUCCAGACCUCAACCUGAAAGCUCCAAAGAUAAAAGGUGGCCUGAAUGGCCCCGACUGGGACUUGCCUAAUGCAGAUCUUAAAGGUGGAAAAUUAGAUCUGAAAACCCCUGACAUCAAUAUGGGUUCACCAAAGGCAAAAUUGAAGAAGCCCAAAUUAAAGAUGCCUAAAUUCCAUCGUCCGAGCCUAAAAGGUCCUGACCUCGAUGCAGACAUCGAUGGUCUGGACAUGAACGCCAACGCGCCCACGUUAAAACUCAAAGGUCCCAACGCUGACUUAGGGAUGCCAAAUGUUGACAUUGAUGGAAAGUUCAAAAAGCCAAACUUGAACAUGCCAGAUUUGGACCUCGAUGGUCCAAAGAUAGAUGGUCCCAACCUGGAUCUUAACUCCCCCAACCUGGACCUCAGCGGUCCUAAUCUCCGCGGUGGGAUAAACGCCCCCGAUCUGAAAAUGCCAAAAUUUGAUUUCAAAAGUCCCAGACUAGACCUCAAAGGGCCACAUUUGGACUUGCCAGAUCUGGAUGGUCCAGAUUUUAAUCUGAAAGCUCCAAAGAUAAAAGGUGGCUUUGACGGCCCAGAUUUGGAUUUACCCAACGCGGACCUUAAAGCUCCAAAGUUAGAUGUAAAAACUCCAGACAUCAACAUUGGAUCCCCGAAAACUAAAUUUAAGUUUCGCAAGCUGAGGAUACCCAAAUUGAGGCGUCCGAGCCUUAAAGGUCCAGACCUGGAUGUCGAUCUUGAUGCUCCGGAUCUGGACAUCAACGCUCCCACGGUCAACCUCAAAGGUUCUAAACCGAAUUUGGAUCUAGACAUUGGUGGGAAACUCAAGAAGCCAAACUUGAAUAUGCCAAAGCUGGACGUGAAGAGCCCCAAACUCGACCUCAAGGCGCCAAAGAUGGACCUCAGUGCUCCAGACUUGGACGUCAAGACUCCAGACUUAAACCUGAAAGCACCAAAACUCAAAGGCGGACUCGACGUCAACAGUCCCGAUAUCAACAUGGGCUCACCCAAAGCAAAAAUGAAAAUGCCCAGAGUCAAACUUCCCAAAGUCAAUCUGCCAACCCUGAACGGACCAGACAUCGAUGGUCCAGAUUUUGAUAUCGGUGCGCCAGACGUGGAUUUCGGAAGACCGUCGGGCAAAUACAGGAAGCCGCAUUUGAAGGUGCCGGAUGUGGAGUUGUCCGGACCCAACGUCAAAUCCCCCAAAUAUCACGGCAAGCUCAAAGGACCCAACGCCGAAGUAAAUGUCAGAGCGCCAAAAGUCAAAGGAUCUUGGGACACCCCGAAAGCAGGCGUGCCAAACAUGGACCUCAAAGCCCCGACGAUGGACUGGAACACCUCAGACAUAAAAUACAGGAAGCCUCAGAUGAAGGUGUCCGCAGGGUAUGACACGGACCUGAAUGGCGGGGCGCAGGGUCCAGACCUCCGUUUUCCCGACGUGAGAGGUCCAAACUUGAAGCCAACCAUGCCGUAUUUAGACACGGAUGCCAUCGACCUCGACGGACCAGAUGUGAGUGUGUCAGGACCCAACGCCAAGCUCAGAACUCCCGAUCUGGAGGUGGACGGCUCGACGCUCAAAUUCAGGAAGUCAUUGCACGGCGGCUCCGGCGUGCCGCUGCCCGGGCUCGACUUGGACCAGGACUUGACUCAUUCUCGCUUUGAGGGAAGGUCCGUGGCCUCGCUGGACGCCGACUUGGGCCGCUACGUGGAUUUCACACGUUCGGACCUCAACAUUGACGACUUCACCGGGAAGUACCACAUCCCCAGAAGCAGAGGGUCCGACCUGGACCUCCAGCUGCCCUCGACCUCCAGGGAUGUGACUGGUCAGCUGAGGGGCCCCCGACUCAGCGGCACCCCGCUGAACGCGGACGCCAUCUUGUAUCUGAGCCAUGCCGAGAAGGCCGCUCACACUUUAAACGACGGCCGCUGGUCAUAUUCCCAGAAAAGAGCUCCCGAUACGUCGGACGGAUACUUGGUGACCGUUUUCCCCAGGCAGGGAGAAAGCGAGAAUGAGCCAAAGCAAAAACACGGCACGCUGGGGGGCCUUAACUUUGUCUCCGGCGAUGUCAACCUGGAAGUUCCCGAUCAAGACGAGCUCAAAGGCUCCACGUUCCUGUUCUCCAACCUCGUUUAAUCUUAACUGUUCAUGCGCAACGAGGAACAAAACCAAACAAAACAAAAAAACUCAACCAAAUGUUACACUGCAGGCUACUUGUGCAUUCUAGUUGGGUUUUGGCACUGUGCAAUACGACUUGUUUGCUGUAUAAAGAAAGAUUUUUUUUUUUUCUGUUUUCCUCAUAUUCUGCUGACAUCUUCCCCCCUCCCCCCCCUCUGAAUUUACUUCUGCACCCUGCUUGUACUUACACAUACAGUAUAUGUCAUGUACCUAAACACUGACUCAGUUGAAGUAUUUAAAUGGCACUGAAUGGAAAAGAAAAACAAUGUUUCUCUUUUUCUAUGAUCAGUGGUGUGUGUGUGUGUGUUGGUGUGUGUGUGUGUAUAAAACACGUAUAUUUAUCAAUGUUGUAGUUGUAAAUGUGAUGUGGCUCAUUAAAAUGACAUGGAAAUAUGCAGUUUCAA